ACGGAGGCGGGGCUAAGGCGCCCUCCGCGGCUUGCGGGAAAAAACGCGCAGGUUGUGCAAAAGUGGCUGAUUGUGCCGGCUCGCCUGUCUCUGGCGGCGGCUCUGCGAGGGACCCUCGGAGAUGUGACCGCCUCCCGUAGGCCGGCUGUGCGGAUUGUUACUCUUCUUUUUCUUCUUCUUUUCUUCUGCGGCAGCAGCAGCAGCAGCUGCUUCUCUCUGGAGCCAGCGACCUUUUCUGUGGGCGGAACAUGCUUUAAAACUCUUCUGCCCAAGCCAGCGACUACCUGUGAGUCACCAUGGCAACCAAGCAACCUCCCCCUCUGAUGAAGAAGCACAGCCAGACAGACCUUGUGAGCCGCCUGAAGACACGCAAGAUCCUAGGGGUUGGAGGGGAGGAUGAUGAUGGAGAAGUUCAUAGGUCAAAGAUCAGCCAAGUCUUGGGCAAUGAAAUCAAGUUUGCUGUGAAGGAACCCUUAGGGCUCAGGGUUUGGCAGUUUGUGACAGCUGUCAUGUUUUCUGGGGUUGCCAUCAUGGCUCUCGCCUUUCCCGAACAGCUCUACGAUGCUGUCUUUGAGGAAGAGUCGGUCAACAGUAAGACACCUAUCCGUCUGUAUGGAGGAGCCUUACUAAGUAUCUCCCUCAUCAUGUGGAAUGCCCUGUACACAGCUGAGAAGAUCAUAAUGCGUUGGACUCUGCUGACAGAAGCAUGUUACUUUGGAGUACAGUUCUUGGGUAAAUAUGCCUCUUUAUGGUCACAGGCACAUGCUUUCCCUUUGCUUUUAUCAUGGAAGGGAAACUUCGAUACACAGGGUGCGGUGUUAUGCUGAGGUUAAUCAGGCCCA